AUGCGGCCCGCUUCAGUGCAACCAUCGGCAUCGGACUACGAUGAGAAAAAUUCAUCCGAAACACAGGAACAGCAAACUGAAGAUGUGUUCACUACGAUGUCCCCGAAGAAUCAAGCAGAGCCGGUGAGAUUCUCUUUGAGUAACGACACCCACAAAUCGAGCGAAGAGAGCCCACUCUCCAAGCCGAAAAGCGAUUUGAGUGCGGAAACAUUCGAAGCGACAGGAGAGCCACACAUCAAAACCCCUAGAGCUGAGGAAGCAGCCGAUUUGGGGCCAGAUAAUCUGCACUAUGAAGCAUCACCUGGCCAGGAUAAACCAAAAUUGGAGACUCCAGGUCGUAUCCGCAAUAAAAGCCCGGCGGACACUCUGAUUAUGCACAAAACACUUCGGAAGAAGUUUGCGAGCAGGCUGACACCCAAAGAGGAGGAGGGUUACAUCUAUGUUGUCAAAGAUCUGAACAGACCUCAUCUUUGCAAGAUCGGGAGAGCCAAAGAGAGCGAACUCCGCGUUGCAACUAUCGAGAACUCAUGUGGAUUCAAACCUCAGCUUGUCUACUCCAGACUAGUGGGCCUCUAUAUCCGAACAGAAGCUCUCACUCAGGGGUAUCUUUCAGAUCUCUGUCAACCUUACUUCUGCAAACCAUGUAACCAAACACAUCACGAAUGGUUCGAAGCCCCUAAUGAGCUUGCCAUAGCAGCUGUGAAAAAGUGGGUCGACUUCAUGUGCCGCGAGAGCCCCUACGAUCCAAGGUCGAAAGAACUGAGACCAUUCUGGUCAAUAUGGCUUAAAGUCCACGAUUUAGCUUCUGCAGACCUCGAUGUCGACGAGUUCCGAAUGUGGUGGGACCGCAUCAUAUCGCCUUCAGAGCUCGACCACUUCAAAUACAAGUUAAACGCUGUGCAGGACAUACUGUGGAAGUUUUUCUGGCCAGUGUAUGCCACACUUGCCUGGACAGUAACAUUCAUCGCUUUCCAGCACCCUGUCGCAUUUUUGCUCAUGGUUACGUCAGUGGUCGGCACCUUCGUCAGCAUGUCUUACGACUUUCCUCUGCGAAAUGCUUCUACUAGCUCUAGAAAGACGAGGAGCACGGUGAAGAGCCUAUGA